GAGACAAAUCAUGCAACUAAAAUUCAAAACUGCAUGUUUCAUGCUGCUAUAUAUCAUGACCCUUAAAUAGUACCUCAAUUUAACACACACAAUCCCAAAGACCUCUACCCUAGAGCCACACACACAGAUCUACUUCAUCUGUAGAUCUAAACUCAAGAGGUCCACAACACAAAAAAAAAAAAUGUUCAGUAGUGGUCGGCAUGAACACCCCCAAAACUUUCUCCAAAUUAAGCAGGAAGACAAGUUCUUCAAUAGGCUUUUGUCCAAGGAAAGGACCAAACCAGAGUCAUCUUUCAGAGUCCUCUACUAUGGAGGUGCCUCUAGUGCCAUACCAUUCUUGUGGGAGUCACGGCCAGGUACCCCGAAACACACACUCUCACACACUCCUCUCCCUCCUCUCACUCCUCCGCCUUCCUAUCAAUCAACUUCCAAAAUGUUGCAAAUUCGAAAACCUCCCAAGUCCAGUUUUCUUCACUCCAUCUUUUCUUGGAUGGGUUCGAGGAAAAGCCAUGUGACACCAUCGCUGUCAGCACUGUCGUCUUCUUCUAUCUCCUCGUCGUGCUCGUCAUCGUACUCGUCUCCAUCCACUCCGGUGAAUCCAGGCGUGCAUGGAUUUCGCCGUUGUUUCUCUCAUUCGAGGGCAGCCAUCCAUUUCGGGAUCGAGGACAACGAGAAGCAAGCCGUUGGGUCGCCUACUUCGACUCUGUGUUUUGGUCCUACACAUGGGAUUUCCGGAGAGUUUGGAGGUCAAUGUUCCAAAAUCAAAGUAAAGAAGGCUUUGCUGUCCAUGAUAGGCCAUGGUAGGGCUUAGUGAUUAAUUUCUGUGUGUUCAUGUUGAUUUUUGUAUAUCAUUUAUCAUGUUAAUUAGUUAGAGUUUUGGGGGUGUGAAAUGUAGUUGAAUCAAAAUCCUCUCCUUGUCACGAUUUUUUAUUAUUCCAGUGAAUUUUACUACUUACUAUUUGAAAUUAGUAAAAUUCACUGAUCAUAUGUAAACAGCGAAAAUCGUUGUCGGAGAGAAUUUGAGUUCUCAAAUAUUUUGUAUUGCUUAAUUUGGGCUUUGGCUACCUAAACACAUAAAGAAACAAAAUAUGCGUGUAUUACCAAGAUAAAUCCCAAGCUGAAUUAAAUCCAUAAUCUGUUUUUCUAAUUAA